CUCUCUCUCUUUCUCACUCUCCGUUUUACUCUCUCGCUCUGCUGAGGCACUCAGAUCACUCACACACACACACACAAACGCACACACACACACACACACACAUUCACACACACUUACACACACUUGCCCAAUAGAGCAACGAAAAGCCACACGCGUGUUAGGUUAGGCUGCUCUCUCUCUCCUUCUCUCUCCCUCUCUCUCUCUCUUUCUGAGAAUGGUCCAGCCGGUGCCUGGGGCUCUGCUGUCGCGGCCUGCUGCCUGCAUCUGAUCACGAUCACACCACACACACACUCGCGCACACACUCGCAAAGCCGGCUCGCAGGGAAGCACAAUGUGAGAGGUGGGUACUGAAGGUAGUGCCCUCUCUUGCUGCAGCUUGGACCCGCUUGUAGUGCCAUUCCCUGCUUUUCCGCCAGCUUGCUGCACAAAGCCAGGCCAAGAGCACGAGCUUUGACCUUAGACCCCGGACCCUGCGACCCCCUUAGUGACCCUGGUCAAACCCCUCCUGGAUCUCACACACCACAACACACCACCAACUUCCACAGAGCUACCGUAACCCCCAGAAACAGAGCGGGAUCAGCAGGAGUGUUAGCACUUGGAGCUUUCUCUGCAUGUGUAUGUGGAAGGAAGGGAAAAAAAACAGCCCGCAGAAAUCUUGGAGCAGAGUUUUUUGUUUUCGUUUUGGCUGCCUGGGAUUUUUCUAGCGCUUCUGUGCCUCACUGACUCGACCCCACACUCUCCACUGAGGAACAAGAGCACACUCCAUGUGGAUCGCUUGAGUGAGAGAGACCAACAGACACCACAGACAAAUAAGGACGCAAAGUGGGUCCUCCUGACCUUGGAAACAUACACGCACAUUAGCAGUUAGCUUGCUGUGGGCAGCUUUUCACGGUCGCCAUGGCAAUGAGCAUGGCACACAUCCGAGACCCCAAGUGGCUGACGCUGGAGGUGUGUCGCGAGUUCCAGAGAGGGACGUGCUCACGCUCAGACGCGGAGUGCAAAUUCGCCCACCCGGCCAAAAGCUGCCAGGUGGAGAACGGCCGAGUCAUCGCCUGCUUCGACUCACUGAAGGGCCGCUGUUCCAGAGAGAACUGUAAGUACCUGCACCCGCCUCCCCACCUGAAGACGCAGUUGGAGAUAAACGGCCGCAACAACCUGAUCCAGCAGAAGAACAUGGCCAUGCUUGCCCAGCAGAUGCAGCUAGCCAAUGCCAUCAUGCCUGGCAGCCAGCUUCAGCCAAUGCCUUUAUUCUCCGUCACACCAAAUCUCGCCACUAACGCCGGGGCAGCAGCGGCAGCGGCCGCAGCUACGUUUAACCCGUACCUGGGGCCCGUGUCUCCAGCACUGAUGCCUGCAGAGAUUCUGCCCAGUGCGCCCGUGCUGAUCGGCGGGAGUCCCGGCGUAGCACCCGUUCCCUCCACUGCUAAUGCUGCUGCUGCCUCCGCCGCUGCUGCACAGAAACUACUGCGCACCGACCGCCUGGAGGUGUGUCGUGAGUACCAGCGUGGUAACUGCUCCCGCGGUGAGACAGACUGCAGGUUCGCCCAUCCAGCAGACAGCACCAUGAUCGACUCGAGUGAUAACACAGUGACCGUGUGUAUGGACUACAUCAAGGGCCGCUGCUCCAGAGACAAGUGCAAAUACUUCCACCCUCCAGCGAACCUGCAGGCUAAGAUCAAAGCAGCACAGCACCAGGUGAACCAGGCCACAGCCACCGCUGCCAUGACGGCUGUCAAAUCACUGAAGCGACCCCUCGAGGCCACCUUUGACCUGGGCAUCCCUCAUAGUGUAAUGCCUCCUUUGCCAAAGAGACCAGCCCUUGAGAAAACCAACGGUGCCACCACCAUGUUCAAUGCUGGCAUGCUGCAGUACCAACAGGCUCUGGCCAACAUGCAGUUUCAGCAGCAGGCAGCGUUUAUUCCUUCAGGCUCAAUAUUGUGCAUGACUCCUGCAGCGAGUGUGGUACCCAUGAUGCACGGCGCUUCACCAGCUGCUGUGUCUGCAGCAACCACGUCCGCCACUAGUGUUCCCUUCGCAUCUGCAUCAGCCAAUCAGGACUCUUCUCUAUCAAAGCUGACUACCAACGAAUACAUGCAAUUGAUUCCAAUAAUAUCUGCAGAGCAUCUGACUAGUCACAAGUACUUGACUCAGAUGUAGUCACAGUCCAGACCAAUCAAAUGAAUGUGCUGACCUAUUACCUGGGACAAACACAAACAUCAUAACGGCCACAAAUGUAAAUGUUAACAUUUCAAAUAUUAGAACAUUUAUACUAAUCAAAUAUACCUUCUUGUGGUAUUACUAGUUCACUGAUAAGAACAUUUAAAGGACUAGUCUACAGUACACUUAUCAGCAGAAAAAUGGAGUGCCCUUAGAUGUGAUAUGUAGAACUUGGAAGAACAGCUGUACAUACAACCGGCUGAGACACAGAUGCACACAAAAGCAGUCUACUGGCAUCGUGUCUAACAUGUAAAGUGCUGGUACAUUGACAGACCAAGAGAUUCUUUUUUAUUGACUUUUUUUUGCAAAUUCAUGUUGAAAUCGAUUCGUCAGUAACACUUUACUUAACGUUAAAAUUAUAGAGCUGGUUUUCCAGAUCCAGAUUAGGCUCAGGCCUAGAUUUUUAGUGAAUACCACUGGCAUUGAAAUUUAGACAAAAUACAGGCUUAGUUCAAGUCCAGGAAACUGGAGUAAAGUAUUAAAAUGUCUUAGAAAGACAGACAGACACAGUAUCUUGUAGUGAAUUAUGUAACAUGUCCAUUGUAGUGGUUAAAAUCACUAUUAAGUGAUUUACGAAGUACCGUGUGAACAGUCUUGCUGGGUCAGAUGUAGAUUCUUGUUACAAGAUCACAACUUGGGGACAACUUUUUAAAAUUUUGGUGUUGGAUUGAGACAAAAUCUGCUGUAAACAUGAGUAGGCCGAGAGGUUGAGUUGGAAGGCGGAUGAAACCAACCAAAGUUUGGGUCCAACACUGCCUCUAAAAUUUGCACCCACAUUCCUCUAGUCUGUGGUCUUUUAACAUCCAGAGUCCAAUCAACAACAACAAAAGUAAAAUAAGCUAGCUAGCGAAGCGCUAUUGUUAGCUAAUGGAAUGGUAAUGUUUAUUUUUACUGCAUGAAUUUGUUCUCUGCACAUCUACAUGCUUAACUGGAGCUUCUUGGGUGACACUUCAGUCAUGCUAAGGUCCAAAGGCCUAACUGGCUAACAACAAACUUGUUGGGUGGACAGUGUAGAAGAUCACACCAUUGCUCUCUAAGCUUUAAGCUCCACCUUCAUUUGGUGUUGGUAGGGUUUAGAAAUGUGAAUGUGUUUAUACCCUAAUAAGUCCACAGUCUCACCAACAUUAAGCCCAAAAUUUCUCAUAGUUGUCCCAAGAUGUUCUUGUUACGAGAUCCCUUGAGACUAGAGUGUGGGUUAACGAUAAGAAUAUACAGAAGCAGUGUUUCUUCAAAUGUAAAUGAAAGAAGUAGGUCCAUGUUUGUACUGUGUGCCGUAACAGCACUUACAGUCCACCUUCCAGUCUGAAUUAGAGUACAUGUGAAGUUCGCCCAUUACAGCACAUUAGUUUGGACACCCCCUAGUGUGGUGUACUGCAUUUUUAACACAUUAUGCCUAUUGAACCAUACAUUCAAUGCCUCUAUGUCGAUGCAUAUUGAUCUGUGCUUAAUUAUAGAUCAUCAUUUGUUUUGUAAGUAGUCACAACAAAAUACUUUUAGCCAUUAUAGGUGUAUUAUAAUUGUUUAUAAGAUGCGUUAAUUGUAACGUCAAGUGAAGCGUUACUGAUUUACCAUGUGGUUUACACAAUUUGGAAAGAUGCACCUUGAAUUUAAAGCUAAUUACAAUUCUAUAUGGCACAAUACAUUCAGCAAAAUAGUCAAGUAGUUUGCUGCAUUUACAGUUCUGACCUCCAGUCGAGCUAGGUAGUGGACAAAAGAUCAGGAUUAAAGAAGACUAAUGAAUGUUUUGGGUUAAAAAAUAAUAAUGCAGAAUCCUUCUGACCUUUUCAAAGCACAUCUUACCAAGCUUCACAUGGGCUACCCAUCACAAAAACAGAAAGUCAGAAAGUGUUAUAUCGGCAGUGUUAUUCUGUUUACCAGAGAUUGUUUUUAAGGCUCUUACUUUUAUACAUAAUUUCAUAACCGUGUGAGAUUUUUGUUUUGUUUUGUUUUGUUUUUAAUGAAAUUUUAUUGUUAUUUGUCUGUAAUGCUUGUGAUGGCUUCUCCAUUCAGCCUUGUAGUUCUUAUUAGGCCUAUCAACUUGCAUGAAAACAGGGUUGCCUUUUCCUUCCUGUUGCCAUAUAUAUAUAUAUAUAUAUAUAUAUAUAUAUAUAUAUAUAUAUAUAUAUAUAUAUAUAUAUAUAGCCUCAUCUGAUGGAGUGUCUUUUUAUUGAUGAUGAAAUGGAGAAUGGGUCUCGGUAAUCACCGCAUGUCUUUACAUUUUCAAGUUAACAAAGACAGACUCUUCAAGCUCUUGCAGCUGUCUCGGAGUUUAGAGACUGUUUCCAGUCCCCAGUGCAGGGACUCUAAAACGCUGAAAAAAGCACUGCUUGAAAUGAUGUGGUUGGUUACAGAUUGACUGUGUUUAGACUUUAGAUUUGUUUUGUAUAUGGGAAGACCAGAUAUAUAUUUGGUUCCGUUUUUUUUUGUUUUUUUUUG